CAUUCACUGGCAGGUACAAAGAUUCCCAGUGUCAGAGAUAUGCUACUGAUGAGAAUGAUACACCACUCCGUAGUAAUUGAUAUAAGAACUUGUCGUGUAUCAUGUGCUUCAAUUUGGGAAAACUGUUAUAAAGGGUACAUGAAAAAUGGAAAUGAAAUGGUCCAUCAUGUAACAUAAAGCAUACACAAAAGUUUCAAGUCCCCAAAAGCAAAGUUGCAUUUUGAAGGACACACAAUAUGAGUGGUUUGGGUGUUGUAGAGUGUCUUAGACCCCUUGUUAAGACCAAUGCUUGGGAUUAUGUAGUUGUUUGGAAAUAUGGGGAUGACCCAACAAGGUUUAUUGAGUGGGUAGGUUGCUGUUGUAGAGGGAGUUGUAGUGUGAACAUUGAUGUGGUGAAGCCUGAAGAGGAAAAGGGUGAAGUGUGCAACUUGGCUCAAAGUUGCAGGGAUGAUCAUUUUCAUUUUCAGCAUCUAGUUAGAACAAAGGCUUGUAAAGCUCUUGCUCAGCUUCCUUUUGCAUUGUCUCUCUAUUCUGGUGUGCAUGGAGAGGUUGCCAUAUCACAACAAGCAAGAUGGCUUACCCAGGAUUCAAUUGGAACCCAAGUUUUGAUCCCUAUUGUUGGUGGUCUUAUUGAGCUCUUCACUGAAAACCUGAUUCCAAUGGAUAUGAAUAUCGUAGAGUUCAUAACAGCACAUGGUUGUGUCUCUUUAGAGCAAGAAGCCAUAUCUGCACAGAGCUACACCAGUCUGAACAUCAAUGAACAUCUGCCAUUAAGGGAACAAUACUCACAUUGGUCACCACACAUGCCAACUUUAACUCCUAGUGUCCAUCAGCCUGCAACGAGACAGUGCAGCUCCCAUCCUAGCAUUGAAGGACCAUCCAGUGGGUCUAAUCCUUCAACUGAAGAACCAUCAUUUGAUUCAAAGUUUGCUUCCUUGAUUCCACAUGAAUAUCUGAAACCACCAGUUAAAAAAUCUCCCAUCCCCAAAACUGAAACGCCCAAGUACAACAAAACUUCAGGGAAAUGGCAGAGAGGUUUAAGUUCCCAUUGUAGCAAUGAGGAAGACGAUGAAUCAAAAUCAGUCAAGGAGUCUCAGAAGGAAGUUUACCAGGCUAAGAAUCUUGUCACAGAGAGGAAUAGGAGGAACAAGAUAAAAAAAGGGCUUUUUACACUGCGGUCUCUAGUCCCAAGGAUAACCAAGAUGGAUAGAGCUGCAAUUCUUGCCGACGCGGUUGACCAUAUAAAGGAAUUGCAAACACAAGUAAGAGAACUUAAAGAUGAGGUCAGGGAUUUGGAAGAACAGGAAUGUGAGAAGAACACGCCACAAUUGAUGAUAACAAAAGGCAAAAAACCAGAAGGAACCAGAAGUAACCCUCCUCUUAAUCAAAGUUCUUCUGGUUGCACUAAAAAGAUGCAAAUGGAGCAGGUGCAAGUAGAAGUGCAUCACAUUAGCAAGACAGAUUUCUUAAUUAAGUUAUGCAGUGAGCAGACGCAAGGUGGGUUCUCAAAGUUGAUGGAAGCUAUACAUUCAAUUGGACUAAAGGUGGAUAGUGCCAAUAUGACCACACUUGAUGGCAAAGUCCUUAACAUUCUGACGGCUAAGGCAAACAAACAGGAUAUUCACCCAACUAAACUUAAAGAGUAUUUAAUACAGAAGACAAGCGAUGAUAGGCAAAGUAGCAAACAAGUUCGAGAAAAUGGUGGUGAUAUGAAGAGUUCAAGAAAGUAAGAGUUUCUUUUCAAAGUUUGGACACCCUGUACAUGGAAAUUUCGUUUACAAGUGAGAAACAAAGCACUUGAAUGACACAGUUAUCAGCAAAGUCAUCAAUUCUGAGAACAAGUUGAAAAAUCACUUGUUAGCUAAGGACUUGGUUAUUGUCUGUAAACAAACAACACACGCAACUAUAUAGAAGUUGUACUAGAAGCAUAAAUUGUAUAUCCAAUUUUUUCUUGGCACCGGCAACAACAGUUUACUAAUUCCUGAC